CUAGACUAUGAGGCGCUGCGUAAUGGAUUAAGGCCAUUUUAAUGGGCGUUGUACCUGCCAAGCGUCCGAUCGGAGCCUGUCUUAGCCCGAUGCCCCCUGUAGCUUCCCCUAGCCAAACCGAGCCUUCCAUUCCCAGCUUUCCAUCUACUACACCUUCGAUAUCCGUUCUUUCUCAUCUCUUUCCCUCAGACCUCAAGCCUUCCAUGCAUCGAAGAUUUUCUAGCGCAUCAUCAUUACCGUUCGGAUCAAUGGCUAACCUCUCCGGUCCUCGUACAGCCGCUAGGUAUGCGCCAUAUUCGUUGCAUGCUUUGGCCCUUGCGCUAGCCUUGCAACUGUCCCCAGUCGUGAACAUACAUGUGCUUUGCAUAUCGACCAUCUUCUACACACAACCAACCGUAUCCUGUUGCGCUGUGAUUGCAUCUGGCGUGGUGGCUGUGACAAGUGUACUUUCGUUGAGCACAACUAACGUGGUAUACAUACGCGUGUUAUGCCCAGAGGCAAUCUUGCAUUCCUCCAUCAGUACGGUCUUUCGCGGCACAAGCAACGUUUUCCAACGAAACAUAUUCUUCUCAUUGACUCAGCCUUCCAGCUACGAAGGCCAAAGUCACGCAUCGAAGCAAGGUAUACAGGCUUAUAAGGCUCUCGACGCCUCACCGUCAGCGACAAUCUGCAUCAUAGUGGCGGCGGCACACCAGGAACAGCGCCAAACAAGCGAAUACCUAUCAGAUCGCGGCUCCUCAUUGCAUGCAGCAGGGUCUCAAAUAUUCAUGACAUAUUGGGCAGAUGUAUCAGCAUUGAUCUAAACUCAAUCAGGAGAAAGCCACCCAAAGUCUCGGGCUACGCCUCUGCUCUUCCUGGCCACGAAGCUACGACAUCCUUGAUCGCCUUGCGCCAUCACUGCUAACCCCAGGCCCACGUUUCUGCGCUGGACAUUGG